GAAGGGAAAGGAAGCUCGGAUCGGGGUCUGGAGGAGGAGGAGGAGGAAGAGGAGGCUCACCCACCCCGGGGACCCUUUCCCCUUCCCCUCCCAGAAGGGGAACAAAGUAGCAACCCGCCCGAGCACGAUUCCGACGCGAUCCGGCUGGAUCCCCUCCGGCGAGUGCCUUGCCUCCCCUGAGGGGAGGGGGCCCGGGCUGGAGGAUGGGCUGGGGCCAAGCGGAGAGGGCCGCCCCCCUCCCUCCCUCCCUCCCUCCCUCCCUCCCUCCCGCCCGCACAAAGCUCCGUGGGCACCUACCAGGCGGGCAGCCUCGGCCCAGGAGCGACUUGAGAAACUGCAACUUGCUUCUGAUGUGAGAGAAUUGGUUGUCUGCAAGGAUAUUGCCCAGGGGAUGCCCGGAUGUUUUGAUGUCUUUACCAUCCUCGUGGGAGGCUUCUCUCAUGUCCCCGCAUGGAGCUAGAGCUGAUAGAGGGAGCUCAUGCGCGCUUUCCCCAAAUUGGAUUCGAACCUGGCAACCUUCAGUUCAGCAACUCAACCUUCAAGUCACAAGGCUUUAAUCCACUGCACCACUGGGGGCUCCCCUUUUAGGAUGAGAGAGUAUGAAUUGUCCAUGGUCACCCACUGGACUUGACUCUAGUCUCUUGGAGUAUUCCUCCUGCACUCAAACAACUAUGCCACACUGACAUUCUCUGUUGUGUUUACUAACUUGAUACUUGUAAGAAAUAAUUCAGAGUGAUUUUCAACGGUCAAUUGGAUGCAAUUGUCAUAAUACACAUACACUGUUAUGUGGCUCCAUCACAUACUGAGUGAAAUACUUCAGGGCUCUAAUCAUGAUGAGUACACAAGUUGUCUGGAUGUCAGUAACCUCUUCUAUGAUGUCAUAAACAGAAUGGUGAUAAAAAGAACCAGUUUCGAAAAGCAAACUAGGCUGAAAAGAAUCAUAAACAAGAAUGACAGACUUACACCUGUUCUCCGCUACUUCCAAAAAUAGCAGCCAACUACGUGAAGGCAUAAAUGAACAGAUUUCAUUGGACAUACCAUCCAAGCAACGUAGUUGUGCUGCUGUCAAUACUCCAUCUGCAUGUGUUAACAAAGCUGUUCAUCAUAUUAAAGAUCUUGAAGUGAAAGUGGAAGAAACCUUACAAUGGAAUGAUAAUUUGUAUCUGCUGGAGACAGUUUCACGGGAUAGAGAGAUUAGGAAUGUUGAAGAAGCUGAAAAAAGCUGGUUAUCAGUCUCUUCUGAACUGAAGGUGGAACAGCCAUCAUAUUUGAAAGACAUACAGCCUUUAAAGCAGAAAACAACAGCUGUUUUGGCCGAGGUUACAGAACUGGUAACCAGAUUGGAAAAGGAACGUAAAGAAGCUCAAGAAGGUUUGGAGUUUGAGAGACGUCGUAAGAAAAAACUUUACCUAUAUGCUGAUAACUUGUCACUUUGGAGGCUACAACAGCUUCCCAUAGCUGUUCAAAAAGAAUGGGAAAACUAUUCUGAAGAUAUUGCAGAACUACAGUGGCAUUUUGAAGAAAAAAAACAGCAACUACAUGAUGCAGUAAACCAGCUGACAAAAAUAGAGAGCGCUAAUGCAAAGAUUCUAGAGAAUAUAGAGUUCAUGAAGAAAUACAGCCCUCUGCUGGGAGAAAAGCUGGCUUAUGAAACUGAGUCUAUGGAAGAAAUAAAAAAGAAAUACGAACAGACAAAAGCUGUAUAUGAUAUUGUUCAUGUGAAACUUGUGAAUGCAAUAGCUCUAAGUGAGGAGCUAACAGAAGAGUGUAAAAAGAAAAGAAAAUCUAUGUCUGAACAAUUACAGUCAGCUGAGGAAAUGUUGAACUCUCUUAGGAAGGCAAUAAAAGACAUUGACAUACUUUAUGCUGAUUUGUGUGCCAAGAUAAAGGAAAAUAUGGGAGCAAUAUUGCAACAGAAAAAGCACCUUGAAUAUCUAAUCAAGCAAGAAGCACGUACAAAGGCUGACGUACAAUCUUGGCAAGAUAAAGCAAGGCGUUUAAGUUUGAAAAUUGCUGAGCAGGAAUCUGAGAACAAAACUUUAACAGAUGAAUAUUUGGAAGAGGUGAAAGAUAUAGAAAGUACAAAAACAAGAAGGGACUCUGAUAUAGAAGACUUGAAAAGAAAGCUCAGGCAUUAUCUUCAGGAAAUAAAAUCUUUGGAAGAUGAAAGCAAACGUAUUUAUGGUGAAAAUGGAGAUUUUCUUCAAAAAUUCAGAGACAGUUCAAGACGGAAAGUAGGCUAUCAAGCAGAAAUACAAGUCCUACACAAAAAUAUCCGUCGACUGGAAGAGCAUUUAAAAAGAGUGACUAAAGAAUUUUUUGCAACUGAGUUGGGUUUUGAUGAUGUCAAAACAAAACUGGACGAAUUGUCUCAGAACAUCAUUAAAGAAAGAUUGCGUUUUAAGAACUUGCAAGAUAAUGUAAAAAAACAAAUUAAAGACGAAGUAAGCGCUUGGAAGCUGACACAGAAAAGGGUUAAAGCACUGCAGUUAGAGCUGGC